AAAUCCAUUUGAUAAACAGAAGGAGAACCCGGACCUCUGCCACAGUAAGAUGAGAAUGGCGCUGUUCGUACCAGAGAACAAAUCACACAUAUCUUCUGUCUGUCUACUUGCAGUCGCUCCACCCGAAUGACGGAUCGGCUUUUUUCAUCUUUUAUCUGCAUUCCUUUUCAGCCGCUAUGAGAUUGCCAUGCCGAUCAUUCCUGAGGCUUGACUCAGUGUUUCACUUUUAGCGCCAAAAGUUGUCAGCGUUUCACACAACCCUUCUAUAGUGGUAUCACAAAAAAAAAAAAAAAGCAAAACGCAAUGAUGAGUUUCAUCCCUCACAUUUGCUAAUGUCUCACAUGAUGUCCACAUAGGAUGGUUUGAAAUAUUUAUUGAUAAAGUUCUGUACAGUGACAGCGACAGGGAGUAGAUGGCAUCAUUCUUAGGCCACAAAUCAUCAUCCGCCAUUUAGCCUCCGGGGUCUGCUGAUAAACUGGAAGUUACCCGUAAACUCCUUUGAGGAUGAAGGGCUGGACUUGCGGUGUUUAUUUUAACACGAAUGCACUCGCCAGACUCACGCAAACACACUUGCGCACUCACUGACUAAAUACGCAGAUGGUUGGCGUGUUGAAGCCAAGGCACUAUCUCGCUUUAGGUGUGUGAGGGAGGGCACGCAUGAGAAAAGUUUUCCAGUAGAGGAGAAAUUGAACUAUGUCAACCUCAAGAGAGGAAGAGGAAAAGCAAAAGCAGCCGAGUGGAUUUCAUCUGGGUCAAUUCAAAGGUCCUGCCAUCGAGCUGCUGCCCAGCGUUGGCGUACAGGCGGUCGCCUCUACUGUCCAAAAAGACAGCGAUGCAGUGAAGAGCAUCAAAACAAAAGUCGACUUGAGAACCAUGUCAUCUCUGGAGGUGUGUUGGCCAGUGCCGAUGCGAGCCAUUGGCGCACAGAACCUCCUCACUAUGCCUGGAGGAGUUUCCAUCGCAGGAUACCUCCACAAGAAGGGAUCCAGCCAAUUUAGUCUCAUGAGAUGGCCGCUGAGGUAUAUCAUCAUCCACAAGGGCUGUGUGUACUACUUUAAAAGUAGUACGUCUCCUGCACCACAGGGAGCAUUCUCUCUGAAUGGUUACAACAGAGUGAUGAGAGCAGCAGAGGAGACAACGUCUAGCAAUGUUUUUCCAUUUAAGAUGAUCCACUUCAGUAAAAAACACAGGACGUGGUUUUUCUCUGCAGCGAGUGAAGACGAGAGGCGGAGAUGGAUGCGAUCCUUGCGAUGGGAGAUUGAUCAUUAUAAUGACAGAAAAGAGUCGCAGAUUCCGAGUGACUCCGAUUCAGAUGCAGACAGUUUCUACGGGACCAUCGAGAGGCCUUUGGAUAUUAAACACCCAAUCAAUAAUGAAGACGCUGAAUAUGGUGAGGAUGAUGAUGAGGACGACGCUGAGGAAGACUAUCUGAAGCCAGACGGUGACGGUUUUCCGGCAUGUACAAGUAAGCCAAGUCGACCCACCGGGCCUCCGCCUUCUUACCCACCUCCUCCCGUUCCGAUGAUUCCUCAGCGGCAUCGAGGAUCCUGUGUAGACGUCCACAAGGACCUCCCACCUCCAGUCCCAUCCCACAACAGAUUCCAAACCAGCGCAAACCUCAGAAAGACUCCGACCUCGAUGUCGACUCCCAUUCCUAAGGACCCAAACAAAGGUCCGCCCCCACCGCCCCCGUUUACCGCCCAGCUGCACAAUCGCCCGUGUCUUAUCCCUCCACCGCUUCCUCCACCCAAUUCACAGCGGCCCCUUAAAAGUAGGGUGCAGUCUGUGGUUGGGCCGGGGCCCGACAGAAAACACCAGAGGCAUUCCUCAGCUGUUUCACUCCAAUCCCCCACCAACUUGCCCAUCUGCGACCAACUCGAAACCAGAAUGCUCAUCAUGAGUGAUUUCGAUCAUUGUGCUCGCGAUGCCGGAAGCCUCCCGGCUCCUGGCAGCAACCACCUCACCAACCACCGCAGCAAGCCAAGCCGACCAGUGACCAAUGCUGCAAAUUUUGAAGGCCCACCCCCGAAACCUCGAAUGACUCAGAUACCCUGCGGCUACCCACCGGUACCCUGCCACCCACCUCGAUCUCCGCUUCUUCAAACUGGAUUGCACAACCAGUGUCCAAAACCUCCCCCAGUCAAGCCUCCACUGCCAUUGACCAAGCCCAGGCAGCCAGGCACGCCCCUCCAAAGAGCAGCCCCAGAAGGUCAAAGUUUCCGUUUAUCAGGAGACAAGACAGCUACGGAGUUGAAGAAGAAACAAGACUUGAGCAAGUGCACUGAAGGCGACGGUUCCGAUGAGGAUUAUGAUGAUAUGUAUCUGCCAAAAUCUGUUUUCAUCGACUCGACGGAAACCAGCUUUGUAGAGAAAUUAUUUAAGGAGAGCUCCAUCGUGCUGCAAGAUGGUCUUUAUGGCAUCAGGAACUCUGGAACCAAAACAUCCAAGGUGCUGGUGGUAUGGGAUAUCAGCAUAGGCAAAGCCAGAAACUACCGGUUGUUUGAAGAGGCCGACCAGGUGUUUCUGGACUGCGACGUGACCUUCCCCACCCUUUCAACCCUGAUCGAACACUACUACAGCCAUCCUCUUCCUCAUCAGGGCUCCCUUUGCCUGCAGAAGCCUUACUCCAAAUAAGCAUCACUUGAAGCGAAAGGGAGAACUUGCAACGUUAAAAUGCCGACGAUGGCAAGGAGACAAACCUGCCCUCAAUUCAGAAUCGAAUCGGCACCA